CGCACUGAAACCAGCCAAUCACAUCGCGCGGUUCAAGGAGAGUCACGGAGUGUGCGUCUGUCUGUGAAAACAGUGAAUAUCGUCCAUAAAUCGUUUCUCCGCGGAGUAUAGGAGUUGUCUGUCGGACAUGAACAGCGUCGGAGAGGCUUGCACCGACCUGAAGCGGGAGUACGACCAGUGCUUCAACCGCUGGUUCGCGGAGAAGUUCCUGAAGGGGGACCGGAGCGGAGACCCGUGCACCGAGAGCUUCCGGAGGUACCAGCGCUGCGUGCAGAAGGCCAUCAGGGAGAAGGACAUCCCGGUAGACGGCGUGGAGUUCAUGGGCCCCAACAAGGACAAGCCCGAGAGCUGAGGCACAGACGCGCAGACUGGUUAUCAAUAAACACGACAAACACCCCGGGAGUGUCUACGAGACCAGUGAGCAUGCGCAGAGGCAGAGAUGCUGCAACACGCAGUGACGAUGAGGAGUGAGGAACACUUUUAACUUUAAUAACGGUGGAUUUAUGGUUUAAAGAUCCCCUCCGGACAUAAAUACUCUGCUUGGAACAACAAUAUCUCGUAUGUUUUUCCACAAAAAAGUAUAAUUACCACUUUAAAAGCAGCAUCUUCUCUCUGAUAAAAUUUAAGAAUCUCUGAAUGUGCAAAUAUUGUUCAUUUCUGAAGUUUUCCUGCCUGUAAAGUCCAUUCUCAGUGUUUGUGCACUGGAGCAAGU